CCUUUCUAUUAGUUUCCAAACUUCCGUCCACUUUAAAGGUGUUUCAGUGCAAUUUAAAGACCAUGUCGAGUCAAGACAAUGGCUCACCUGAGUUCCCUAUGUGGCCGGAGUUCAAGCUUCCGGACUUGUUGUCCACAGACACCGUUCGACAGGUUCAUGCAACCAUUGAGAACGAAUGGGAUCCUCUUCAGCGGUCGGGUUGCCAGACGGCAGCUGGGAGAGCCUUGUGGAAUCAUGUCAUUCAUGACCCCCUGGCAGACAUACUUGCAGGAGAGUCGUACCUCAAAAGUUUCCAUGAGAAGAUAAAGAAAGACUGCGUCAACAAGGCGCGAGAAAUAUCUGGUGUCAUUCUCGCAGUUCGAACACUCUGGUUUGAUUCAAAGCUUGAAGCAGCACUUCAUUCGUUCAAUGAUGGAGAAGCACAAGUAGUUUUUCUUGGGGCAGGAAUGGAUGCAAGAGCUUACCGACUGAGUUGCUUGAAGGAAAGCAAUGUGUUCGAAGUUGAUUUUCCUGAUGUCCUGCAAAUAAAAGCCACUCUCCUGAAAGCAGCAAUGGACUCUACAAACGAUCACCAGUGUCUAAUGAUGACAGCAAAAUUCAUAACUAGAGUGGCGGCCGAUAUCAGAAGCAAUAAUUGGCUCGAAAAACUUCAAACAUCCGGGUUUGUGCCGGAGAAGAACACAGUGUGGGUUCUGGAAGGCAUCCUCUACUACUUAACCCACUCUGAGGCCACGCAAGUACUUGAAACCAUAGCAGACAAGUGCUCGCUUACUCACACGGUGCUUCUGGCGGAUUUUAUGAACAAACCGUCAACCACACUUUCCAAUUCCACCUUCCAUUUCUACAGCGAUUGGCCUGAUCAUCUCCUGCCAUCUCUUGGCUUUUCUCAUGUUAAACUUUCACAAAUUGGUGAUCCAGAUGCUCAUUUUGGACUCAUGCACGAUCCAUUAAAUCUGUUCAACAAGCUUCGCAGUUUACCUAGGUCAUUAUAUACCCACCCAGAUGAUGGAACACCAUGUUGUCGCUUGUAUUUGGUUGAGGCUUCUGGCUCACCGAAUCAAACUAUUCCCUAGAUAGCCAGCAAUUUUUUACUAAAUAUCUUCAAUUAGCUGCGCAGCUGUCAAGGUCAGUACAAAGCUUCGCUACUGCUUGGUGUAGCCAUCUGAAUCAAACUAUUAGACCACUCCACAUGGACCAACAGGUCAUUAUAUCUGAUACCACAAGUGUCAAACUCAAAAUUUAUGGCAGCAUAGGAGUAGGCAUUGAUAUUUGUAGAUCUGUGAAGAAAAAUAUAUUCCAUUGAAAUGAGAAACUCAAACAAAUUUGAGAUGUC